UGUAAACCUAAACUCGUCUCCACCCUGGCUGUGAUUCAACAGGAUUUGGCGGGAACCAGCACGUGACUUCAACACCUACACAUCACAGAGGCGACAGUGUUCGCGCCAGUAUGAAGAAUUAAGCCAGAUGAUGCCGACUGUGACCACUAUGCCUUCAAUAUGGCUAACCCUUCUUAUCGGAUUAAUACUUAUUGUGAUUAUAGCACUGUUGGAACCUACUGAUCUGUGAGACGCCAAAUAUCAUCAGUCAUGGACGAUACAAACUCUUUCUAUAACGAUGAACUCGCUGCGGCUACCGACUUGGUUUGGUCCAACAUGUCGAGCCUGUUCAGACGGGUGUCCAACUUGGUGUGGGGGUCCCGUCGCUCGGCUCCCAGAGAAAAAGACAAAAAGAGCCCCAAAUCUGGGAGGAAAAAGAAAGGAAGGAAAGACAGAGAGGAUGAGACGAAACAUGCCGAGGUUAGUUCCGUGAAACAAACUAUAAAUAACAGAGCGACGGAUCAAGCUGUGCUACUCAGCCGUGACCGUCACGCGCACUCAGAAGACAUGGCGGACGCCUCAGUAGCAGACGACACGAUCCAUACCAACAAGUCCAGCGUUGAAUCUCACGUGCGAGAGGAGGAAACACUGAAAGGUAGUGAUAUGGCUAAGUUAAACAGUUCGCCGUCUUGUGGAGACGACAAUGUGACUUUGCUUGCAUCACAAGCUUCAGGCGACAGCAAACGUGAGGGCGCGGAUACUAAAUUUGCACAGACAGGCUCGAAAGAAAGUGAAUUGACCGACUCUGGCGACUCCCAAACCUCAAGCUUGAGUCACUUGGAGACCAUAUCGGAGAAAGAAGCGAGUUUGUUACUGAACGAAAUGUACAGUGAGAGCUCUGUUGAUUCGGAACAUGGAACAGGAUCUGAAAAAGAAAAUCAAAAGCCUAAAAAGGGAAUUAAACACAUACUUCGUCGAAAAAUAAGCGCGACGUUGAUGAAUAUUGAUUUGGAGCAGUGUGAUCCUGAGAUUUGUGUGUGGAGUGUGUUAAAACUACCGUCUGUGAACACGUUCGGUGCUUUGAAGAAGAAGGUAAAGUCCAGUGGGAAAGAAUGGAUGCAAGGAUUCCUGGACGCCAAAGGUCUGACGCACUGCUGGACUGUGUGGACACCCUUGGAAGUAAACGGGUAA